GAAACGCGGCUUUUGAUCUACUCGGACGUUCAACAACCCUCACCUUACCCGUUCAUACGCAUACACCAUGGUACGAACAUCCAUCUAUAAAUUCCUCAACCCUAUUCUCUCUCCCUUCAUUAUCAUUCCCCCAUUUACAGAUAUUAUAGUUCUUUCUUCUCCUGGCACACUUCACAGAUACCAAUUCUUCUCAAAAACCUCGGCCAAAUGGGUUGCUGCACAAAGAUAUUUGCAGUGCUGGCAACAAUCAUGAUAUUGAGCCUGCAGCAAAUAAUGGCGGCAAGGCCGUUGGAAGGGGAGCUAUGGUUACAGAAGAACCUAGUGAUUCAAUCACUUCGGCGAGGCCCCGUGGAAGGUCCUCACAGAAACCCUUGCUCCACCAUCCCCGGCCGUAGUCGCGGGAGGUGCGCUUUUCAGAUCAAUGUCGACGCCGGCCACGUUGCUUAUGCUCAACCUCCGCCCGCAUUUCCAGAUCAACCUGUCAACUUCGGUGCAGCUUCCAUGCUUUAUAACGACACCCUCCACCAGAACUCACCGCCUUCCUCGGAUUAAGCCUCUCACAUACAUACUUAUCUAUUCAAACUGUACAUAGAUAUAUAUACAUCUUUUCACUUUUCAGGCCGUGUUAGCGUUUUUCCCCCUCCAUUCUCGGGGUUGCUUGAAGGAUUCAUUUCCCUGUUCAUCCACAACGAAAUAAGUUCAUUCUUUUAUUCAUUUAAGGAUUUGACUCUUUGGAUUCUCUCUGUUUGAUCGAGUUUCUUUUCUGGUUGAGGGCUGUAUGAGAUGUUAUUGUAUUUCAUUCUUUAAUCUACCUUGAUUGACAUUGAUGA